UACAGGGAACACAAACACUCUCCUUUAGACUCCCUUCCUCUGGGUGCUACACCACAUAAAAGCAAGAUAUGGCGACUGCUGUCAGUUUGCUGACCGAGGAGCAGCUUCUUUGCCCCAUCUGUCUGGAUUUGCUCAACCAACCUGUCUCCACUCCUUGUGGGCACAACUUCUGCAGGGACUGCAUACAGGGAUACUGGCAGAGCGCUAAUCUGUCGCAGUGCCCCAUGUGCAAGCAGAAGUUUUACAGGAGGCCUGAGCUCAAAGUUAACAUCUUCAUAUCCGACGUGGCUUCUCAGUUCAAGAAGUCAUUAGAAAAGAAAGAAGAAGAAGAAGAAGCCAGUAUUUUGGACAAAUAUUCAAGCCACAAAGGCGACGUUUCAUGUGAUGUGUGUGUUGGAAAAGGGGUCAAGGCUCUUAAAUCAUGUCUUGACUGCUUGGCCUCCUUCUGUGAGACCCACCUGGAGCCCCAUCACAUUUUAGGCACCUUCAAGAAACACCACCUAAUCAACCCUUUGAUGAACAUGCAAGACAGAGUGUGUAGGAAGCACGAGAAACUCCUGGACCGGUUCUGUAACACGGACCAGACUUAUGUGUGCCAGAUAUGCAUCAAGAGAGACCACAAUGCUCAUCACACUGUACCUAUAGAGGAGGAGAGCAGAGACAGGAGAGCUCAAAUUGGAAGGCUAAAUGCAGAAGUGGAAGAAAUUAUUCACGGCCGACUUGAGAAAAUCAGCGAAAUCAAUCAAAGUGUUCAGCUCAGUAAAGGAAACACAGAAAGAGAGACUGAAGAGAGUUUGCAAGUCUUCAACAAUCUGCUCCACAUGGUCAAGAGAGGUCAGGCUGAGGUGGUCGAGGUGAUCGGUGCCAAGCAGAGGCAAGUUGAAGGCAAGGCAAGAGGCCUCAUUCUGGAGCUAGAGCAGGAGAUCGAGGAGCUGAGGCGGAGAAAUGCUGAGCUGGAGCAGCUUUCCCACACCGAAGAUGACCUCUACCUUAUCCAGAGCUUUCCAGCUUUCUCCACACUGCCAGCUACCAAAGACUGGACCAACACCUGCGUGGAGAGUGCUGUAUAUGUGGGCACGGUGAGGAGAGCAGUCAGGAGAGUAGCGUGUCAGCUGGAGGAGACAGUGAAGGCUGAGGUGAAGAGGCUAUGUGAGACUGAAUUUAAGAGGGUUCAGCACUGUGCUGUUGAUGUGACUCUGGACCCUGAUACAGCUCAUCCCAAACUGGUGCUGUCUGGAAACAGGAAACAGGUCCAUCACGGGGAUGUAGCACUGAGACCCCCAGAUGAUCCAGAGAGAUUUUACCCAGGGGUCAGCGUGUUGGGAAAGAAGGGUUUCUCCUCUGGAAGGCUGUACUAUGAAGUCCAAGUGAAGGGCAAAACGGAGUGGGAUAUUGGAGUUGGGCUUCAGUCCGUCAACAGAAAAGGAGGGAAUAUACUAAACCCUGAAACAGGCUACUGGGCCCUGGGGAUGAGGAAAGACAAGAGCUACUGGGCCCUCAGCAGCACUCCUAUCCGUGUGCCACUGGUAGGGAAGCCCCAGAGGAUCGGGGUGUUCGUGGAUGUCGAGGGGGGGCAGGUUUCUUUUUACGAUGUGGAAUCUGCUUCUCAUAUCUACUCAUUCACCGGAUACUCAUUCGGUGAAAGACUGCUCCCCUACUUUAACCCUCGGCGUAAUCAUGGCGGGGUCAACUCGGCUCCUAUGAUCAUCUCGCCUUUCAACGUCUGAAAUCUGUCAUUUCCUCUCUUCCUAUUGCUUUAUUGCUUUCAAACAUUUAAAAAAAUACAUGUUAUCAUUUUCAAAUGAUGUUUGCUACUCUGUUUGU